AGAACCGCUGCGCCGGCUUUCUCUUGACCAACACAACGAGAAACAGGCGCAGAAAUGGCGCCAAAACAAACAACCUCUGAAAAUGGGCCUGCGCCAACCCGCCCGCGCCUGCAAGCUAUCAACCAGAACUUCUCUGAUGUAAACGAGCAAGUCGAACAGGCUGCACAGAUUAUCGGCCUCCCGGACUACUGGACAACUAUAAAAGGCGAUCACAGAGCCGGAAUCACAAAAUCUCUAGUCAGAGCACGAGCAGAAUGGGUUUUGCGCUGGGCUCUUGACAAAUUGAAGGACGAGUCUACAGUCGGGAGGACAGCAAGAGGCACCACUUCCCUGUGGAAGCUUCUGGAUUGGAUGAUACAUGUCUUGCCUGUCUCCCGCAGCGCACCGCACCUACGAGACGCCGCAUUUCCUGCCAUCCUCGAGCGAACCCUGAUCGAACACUUCGAUCCACGCCAGACCACGCCUGCGUCCGAUGAUGUCGCCAUGACCGAUGCCUCUGGAUCAAGCGACACAGUUGGCGAGACUAGCAAACCGUCCAAGAAGCGAAAGCGUGGAGCAGCUGGCGCAGAUGGCUCCGCUGGGCAGGCUACGCUUGGGGCCGCUGAGCUCCAGAAGCUGUUCCUUACGACCAGGACCGUCAUUGAAUCCAUCACCAGCUUGAGCAACGCCCAAGGCCCGAGUGAGGAUACAGUUCAGGCUGAACUCAUGAAGGUUGCGUUGAGAACAGAGAGCGCACAAGCUGCCAGCAUUUUGAAAAACUGGCUCAUGACUGUGGAGACGCUGCUUGCCUUGGCCCCUUCAGCUCCAGGCGAACAGCAUUUGACCGAAAUCAUGGACUUGUCUCUGGUCAUAGAGAUCUGGGAGCUGCGAACUGCUGCAGCAAACGACGAUUCCAGUACAUCUGCCGACGAGUUCUCCACAGAGUGUCUAGUACCGGCUCUGACGCUUCUUGAUACCCUGAAAGCGCUGCGCUCCAUACAUCCGGACCAGUCUGUUGCGUCUUCUACUGAUCGCGCAACACAGAUCAUCGAGAAGCUCUUGGCAAGACAUUUGUUUGCACCAGCGAGAGCUGCUUUCCUCGCGGAUACCGACAAGGCCACAGAAGGCAUCAGCAAGUACCGGGAAGCCACAUUACUUGUUGGUAACCUAGGACCGUUGCGCGCAAAGCUUCUCCAGGCAGCUCAAAUCGAGGACGACGGCGAACUAGUACCAGCUCACCUAGCAGCACUGUCAGGCGCGGCAUCCCAGCUCUUGAGUCUUGCCAUCCGGGUUUCGCCAUCCAAGACUCCAAGGAGUAAGCUUGCCGAGAAGCCAUGGAUUGAGGCCGUCUUCAUAGCCCUGGUAGAAUGUGCAGGAUGCUCGCUUACAACACCACCAACCUUUGCAACACCGAGAACCGCUAUCGAGGUGCUUGUCCAUGCUGUUGGUAUUCUUCGUGCGCACAGCGUGAGUGUCAAAUCCGACAUCUUAAAAGAUCUGUUCUGGUAUCAUUCAGGUAUCAAAUACCCGAUUGGCAAAGACAGGCAGAUGCACUGGUCGUUGGUAGCUGCCCUGAUCGAGCUCGACCCAAGCGUCUUCGUAACAGAGCCAAAGAGCCUAGCAGGACCUUCGAAGGCGCAACAAACCGAUCUUGCACAGGUCAUCUUUGAAGAGCUCUCGAAGGUCCAAUUCGAAGGACAUGGCUUUACCGACAACCUUGAUCCAAUUACAAGUGAGAAGCACCCACAAAAAGGCCAGACCCAGCCUCGGAUUGGGAAAACCACCGUAUUGGAUCGCAUAAUUGUUCCACUCAUGUCUGGGUUUGCCACAAACCGGAACCUGCUUGGUUUCAUCCGCCGUUGGGAUGAGCAAUUGGUCAGGGCCUACAGGCAUGAGAACCGAAAGGCUCUCAAAGAGUGCAAAGACCUGAUUUGGGAAGACCGUUCAAUCAGCCAGGCUUUAGCGCAGCGCCUUGAGCAAUCCCUUACCCAGGGUCAAAUCGCAAACCUGCUACAAGAACACGCCCAACGUAUGGAUGAUCUUGGCCGCGCCUUGAGUACAGAGGCAGAGCAAGAUGUCAAAGUUAAGAAGCUCGCUGCCUACAAGAAAGCCGCGAGCACUGCAGUGAUUGUACCGGCUAUCUUACAGUCUAUUACAUCUGACGAGAUCAUCGGAGCGGUAAAAUCACAGAUGCGCUCGCUACUGCAGGAGUUUUCGACUUGGGUUCAGGAUGACCGCUACAGCCCUCACACCCGACUGUCACUUUCGUGGCUCACGUUGUGUCAGCUUCUAUCGAAACUCUGGCCACUCGAGUUGCACAGCUCAGUGGAGCAACAGGAAGAACUACUCUCGCCGUUGAUCGAGCAAUCUCUCAACGAUGUUUCAGCGCCUCCCAGCAAACGCGUCGACUCCCCCACGCGAGCAGCAGCCAUGUUGUUCUUGCUCGACACAUGUGACCACCUUCAGACCUUGCCCGGCUCCGAGGAUCUCAUCUGGCCCAGUCUGGACAAAAUCCUCCAAAUUCUCUCGACUGGUAGUCUGGACUCAGCGGAACACGUUAAGAUGAUUGGGUUUUUCUGUGCCGACUUUGUUCAACUCUUCGGACGUUUGAGUGCUGAACGAUCGCAACGCUCACUGCAGCAGUUGUUAGUAGUUGUGUCAAGUAUGCGUGACGACGCCAGUCUUGUUGCCAUUCGGUCACUUUCUCAAGUCAUCUUCGAACAGGGAGCUUCAACCUUACAGGACCUGUAUCUUGCAGCGCUACUCAAGUUCGUUGAAAGCAAUGACAGCCGUACGCAAAGUCUGGCGAUCACGUCAUUGUACUUCGUUCGGCCCUCUGCCAUCUCUCGAGAGAAGCGCGAGGCAGUCCUGGACUCACUCACCGAGAUGGCUAUCACAGGGUCGCAGAAUGCAGCGGCAGUGCUGAGCAUUAUGGUACAACUUAUGGAAACCUCUAACGCAACCGCCAAGGUUUCUAGCGAUGGUGCUGUCCUCUUUGAAAUAGCUCAACAGGUACAAGAUUCAGAUCAAGCGUCAUCCGCCACUCUGUACUUGCUUCAACAACUCGUACAGUUGACUCUUGGUCAAGUUGUUCUCAACCAAACCCAGUCACAGAACAUGAUCUACCUCGGCAAGUUCAAAGGGAAGCUCGACUCGAUCACAAGCAAGAGUAAGCAGUGUUCUGCAGCCAAUCUGGCUAUCCUGCGUGCUGUUGGCGCUGUCCAGAAGCAGAACAUGUUACUUCAGCCGAAGCAGUUUAUAUCGGUGCUCAAGGCAAGCCUGACCAGUGAUUCGUCGACAUCCACGUCGGCGUCGCUUCAAGACGUCAUCGAAGCAUUUAAUGAGAUUCCUACUGCCGCUCUGGUGGAAUCCAAGCUUCUGGACUCUACCCAGAGCUGGCUGCGUACUUGGAUCAGCGACAAUGCAGACCUGGAGUCGUAUAUGAUCACAGGCGGCCAAGGUCCUCGCGAACUGGCUGAGUAUGUUGCACGUUUGCAUACAAUCGUUGCAAAGUACAAGCUUUACCCUAACACGCAGUGGAUUGUCAAGUUCACGCUUAGUUGUCUUCGCGAGCGAGUCGCGGAACAGUGCAAGAUCACCACAAUAAGUACGAUGAAGGAUGUCUUUGCUCGACUUCCGGUUUUCGAAAAGCUGGACCUCGUUCAUACUCUCACGCAUCCGGUCGAUUCUCUCGACCUUGCAUCGUCGUAUCGCCUUCUCACCACCCUGGUUUCAACUUUUGAGGACCGCCACGAGUCAAAUGUUGAGCUGAGGAAUAACCAACUGGCCUUGUUGCCAAAACUCUGUGAUCUGCUGAUCCGCUCUCCAGAUCAUGCAUCCUUCAACGCACUGCUGUCCAGCAUCAAUACGAUCCUCUCGAAUUCGCCGUCGCUUGUGACCCAACACGGCAUCGAGACCAUAAUUUCAGCGCUAUCUAUGCUGAGCUCUCGAUCCAGCCCGCAGUUGCCCGCAGCACAUGCUCCGGCCAUCCACGCACGCCUUUGCGAAACCACACGCCUUAUCCUACUCCUUCACCGCGGACGUCUGGGUGGCCGCCUGCACAUCCUUUUGCCGCUCUUGCAGAACCUGCUCUUCCUGCUUUUCACACCCCACUCUGGCCGCGGCGCUCUGCCUUCGUGGCUGAGGGGCGACAAAGUCGGAGCGUUGACAGAUGCCAACGGUGCACAGUACGCCCGAGUCCUCGCGACACUGUGCAACCCACCUCAAUCAAGCAUCCAGAAGACUCACACCAGCGGUACGACAAGCAAGACACUAAAUGACCCGGUCAAAGCCGCACGAGAGAAGACCAGUGCCUAUUUGUACCCUCUACUUUCGAGCUACUCUCGCUUUCAACUCAGCGGGCGCAUUGAAGCGAACGUGCGGGAGAAGCUCAUGCCGGGUAUCUGGGAGGUGGUUGGCACCGCCAGUCUGAGUCGCGAUGGAUUGGACGCCAUGUUUGCGGGCUUGGGUAGGAGCGAGCGCGAUGUCUGGCGGAGCGUGUGGGGCGAGUGGGAGAGUGUACAUGGGCGGAAGGAUCUCCUUAGUGGCGAUACUGUGUGAGCAUAUAAAUGACGAUAGCGCCAUGUGGAACUGUCGCACCA